AAUGGUUUAAUACGACAUCGUCAACGCGCUCUUCGCGGCCCAGCUGAACCGUGGGGGCUUGGUUCCUCAUGGACGAGGAUGAUCGAUGGUCAUGGACGGUAAUUUUGUUUCUAUUUUCCAUUCUCUCCCGCUCGAGGCGAGCUUUUGGAUACCUCGGCGGCGCCGACUGUACUGUCAUGACUCGAUUUCCCAAAACAAAAAGGCCAGGGUUGAGGUCAGCCAUGCCCAGAAACCAGCCUCCUGCAGCCCAGCGUUGGCCAGGGGCUCGCCAUCAGAUUUUCUUCUUUUAUUUUCUUUCUUUUUUUUCCCUUUCUCAAUACACUCGGGCAAAUACAUCUGCAUGGGCACAUCGAGGGGUAGAAAUGAGCAUGCGAAGAAGGACGGGAGCGGGCUUUGGCCUCCUGUUUUCCUCUACAUCCUGGCACACUCCUUUUUCGUGCUUUGGCGUUGGACUGUGGUAUUUAUGAUUUGAGUUAUUCAAUAUGCCUACUUAGUUAGGGCGAGGCGAGAGGAAGAAUGGACGAGACCUGUACAUAUGGAGAGAAAAUUAUAAUUAUGGUGUUCUUGCGUCACACUCUAUCGCCUGGCCAGCCAGCCAUUUCCUGUUAGGGCAUGACCUUCUGAUCAGCGGGCGCGGGUUAAAAGGACAGCAGCUUCUAGGAUUAUAAUACAG